AUGAGUGGUCUCCUUGAAGUCGAUAAUGACCAGAGCGAAGACCUAACACUGGAAGGACCAAUCACCGGUCAAACUCAAGUCGAUGAUGAUGACUGGAGUGAUGACUUUCAAGAUUUACUUGGUGAUUUGUCUGAAUGGAGUGCCGAUGUCCUCCGUGCUCUCAACAGUGUUACGUUGGACUCCAUCCAAACUCCAGUUGCACCUGACUUUAGUGAUGACAUCCACGAAACUACAGUCUGUUCCACGCCCAGCUGUAGUGAAGAGCUUAGUGAUGACAUCUUCCAGGAUACAGUGUCUGCCAUGUCCAGCUGUAGCAAUUACUUCUCCCAAGCUUCAGUCUCUCUCAUGUCCGACAGUACCGAUGACUUCCUUUCAACUUGCUGUGACAUGUCUGACUGUAGUGUUGAUGCUCCUGAAGCUAGAGUCUCUCAGACAGAGUACACUGUGCCACCUCAGUCAAGCCAGCCGCAGGAUGAGUCAAGAUUUAUUGACAUAAAUUCAUGCUGUUAUGAAAUCGGCAGUCAGCUGGGUGAAGGAGGCUUUGGUACCGUUUAUGCAGCGACUCGUUUGGAUGAUGGCCUACAGGUGGUGAUAAAGUUUGUCUCCAACUGGAACAACAGGUUCAUCGUCAUUGACGGCUGUUCCGAGCCUCUUCCUCUGGAGGUCGCUCUGUUGAUUCUGGCAAACGAAGGCCCUACGGUGAAGGAAAUCAUCCAGCUUCUGGACUGGCAGGUGGAGGCUGACCACUACAUGUUGGUGAUGGAGCGGCCCAUGCCCUGUGAGGAACUGAACUGGUUUCUCCUCCGGCAAGUGGUGACCCUUAAAGAAGACGUGGCACGGGUCAUCAUGCAGCAGGUAACAUUCGCAGCCCAGACCUGCUGCAGACGGGGAGUGUUGCACAGGGAUAUUAAGAUGGAAAACAUCCUCAUCAACCCGGACACACUCAGAGUCAAAUUGAUUGACUUUGGGUGCGGUGAUUUUCUCACCGAUGCGGCGUACACAUCCUUUGCUGGCACAAGAGAGUACUGCCCUCCUGAAUACCUGAUGAGCGGCCAGUACCACGGAGAACCAGCCACAGUGUGGUCUUUGGGGAUCGUCUUGUUUGCCUUGCUGUGUGGGGAUUUCCCAAAGACACAUGACCUGGAAAAGAUCCGCAGUAACACCUGGACCAAAGAUGGCUUAUCAAAAGAAUGCUGCGAUAUUAUUUGUGGCUGUCUGCAGCUUGACCCGAAGCAGCGGAUUGAGCUGAAGAACCUCAGUCUCCACGACUGGUUCAGUGACAGGAAACCAGUGCUGCUUCCAGCCCCAGAAAAUCACAGAAGUGGAGAAAUGUACCCUGAUGGAAAUAUUCAGGGCUGUUCCGGUCCUCAGCCCAGAGCUGUUUAA